CCCAACAUGAAUCCUAGCCUUAACGGCUCAGCCUGGUCAGGUUUUUACAAAAAGACUUUAAAUGAACGUCAAAAUGAACUAAAGCUUGCUUUUCCGGAUUUAUUUAAUCUUCCUCCACCUUCAACAAAUAAUCCCUCAAUUUAUGCUACACCUUCAAGUUCUAUUUGCAACUCUCCUUUAAGUCCUAUUUGCAGAUCUCCUAUCUCCUUAAACUAUUCCAAAGAAAAUGAAUCAAAAGAGGGCAUAAAUGACGAACAACUUAACUACUUAAUAAAAAAAUUAGAGCCAUUAUCUGUUGAUCAGAAUCCAUUUCCAAUAAAAGGUCUUGAAGAACAUAUUGCAGAUAAAAUGUUAUUACACCAAAAGUCGAGUAUCAUUAAAUUUGCUAACCAGUUUUGUGACAGCAUGGUUAAACGGGGAGGUGGUGUAUUUGAUAUGUCGGUUAGAAGGAUCCCACGUGUGAAUAAUCGAAAUCCAAAACAUCAUCCAAUUGGUUCUGAAAAAUUCAAAGAGUGGUUAGUGGUGCAUUUGCAUAUUGAUGUAUGUGACUCUAUGGGUGCUAAUUGUGCAAGCAAAGUCGCAGAAGGUGUGGCACCACACCUUUCUGAAUUGACUGGUGGUCGAAUCGGCUUAAGAAUUUUGAGUAAUUUAAGCGUAGAAAGGAUGGCAAAGGUAAUUGAUUAA